AUGGGUUCUCUAGUCCUGCGGCUGUGUGCUCUCUUCUGCCUGGUGGCUCACUCGGUUUCUGGCAGUCCCAUCAUGAGCCUUGAGCAGUCGCCUCUGGAAGAAGACAUGCCCCUCUUUGAUGAUGUCUUCUCAGAGCAAGAUGGUGUCGACUUUAACACGCUGCUACAGAGCAUGAAGGAUGAAUUUCUCAAGACACUGAACCUCUCUGACAUCCCUAUGCAGGAUUCAGCCAAGGUUGACCCACCAGAGUACAUGCUGGAACUCUACAACAAAUUCGCAACAGAUCGGACCUCCAUGCCCUCUGCCAACAUCAUUAGGAGUUUCAAGAAUGAAGGUCUGUUUUCCCAACCAGCUACUUUUCAUGGGCUCCGAAAAUACCCUCUCCUCUUCAAUGUGUCCAUCCCUCACCAUGAAGAGAUCAUCAUGGCUGAACUCAGGUUGUACACGAUGGUGCAAAGGGAUCGCAUAAUCUAUGAUGGAGUGGACAGGAAAAUUACCAUUUUUGAGGUACUAGAGAGCAAAGGGGACAGCAAGGGUGAAAGAAGCAUGCUAGUCUUGGUGUCAGGGGAGAUCUAUGGAACCAACAGUGAGUGGGAGACUUUUGACGUCACAGAUGCCACCAGACGUUGGCAAAAGUCAGGCUCAUCCACCCACCAGCUGGAGGUCCACAUCGAGAGCAGACAUGAUGAAGCCGAAGAUGCUGGCAGGGGACACCUGGAAAUAGAUACCAGUGCCCAGAACAAGCAUGACCCUUUGCUCAUUGUGUUUUCUGAUGACCAAAGUAGUGACAAGGAGCGGAAGGAGGAACUGAAUGAAAUGAUUGCUCAUGAGCAGCUUAUGGAGCUGGACAAUCUGGGCAUGGGUGGUUUCUCCAGUGGACCUGGGGAAGAGGCUUUGCUGCAGAUGAGAUCGAACAUUAUCUAUGACUCCACUGCCCGAAUCAGAAGGAAUGCCAAAGGAAACUACUGCAAGAGGACCCCGCUCUACAUCGAUUUCAAGGAGAUUGGAUGGGACUCCUGGAUCAUCGCUCCACCCGGCUAUGAAGCCUAUGAAUGCCGCGGUGUUUGCAACUACCCCCUGGCAGAGCACCUAACACCCACAAAGCAUGCAAUUAUCCAAGCCUUGGUGCACCUCAAGAAUGCCCAGAAGGCUUCCAAAGCCUGCUGUGUGCCCACCAAGCUAGAGCCCAUCUCCAUCCUCUAUUUAGACAAAGGUGUUGUCACCUACAAGUUUAAAUAUGAAGGCAUGGCUGUGUCUGAAUGUGGCUGCAGAUAG